AUGUCAUCCCAAGUAGGUGCGUUGGGGUUCCUCUUUGGGGGCGUAUCAUGCAUGUGCGCUGCCUUUUUCACACAUCCAGUUGAUACGAUCAAAGUGCGUCUACAGCUCCAAGGAGAGCUGGGAAAGCGUGCAGUAGAAAUGCCGUCGUCCGCAGCAUCUACUCCGCAUACUCUCAAAUACAAUGGAUUUCUGCGUGGCAUGGGAACGAUCCUCAAGGAUGAAGGCAUCAAUGGACUUUACAAAGGGUUUUCGGCCUCUCUUUUGCGUGAAGCCAGCUACUCCACUAUCCGUAUGGGACUUUAUGAACCCAUCAAGGAUGCACUGCAUAUCAGUUCUCUGUCUCUACCAGCCAUGGAUAAGAAUGGAAACCCAAUGCCUUAUAGAGAACCUCUUUGGAAAAAAAUUAUUGCUGGUGGGAUUUCAGGAAUGGUUGGAGCCGCUAUUGCUAAUCCAACCGAUCUUAUCAAGGUGCGCAUGCAGGCUGAAAGUGGUAAAAUCACCAAAAGCGUUUUCCAGAUCACUAUGGAUAUCAUCAAGGCAGAAGGAGUCAAGGGAUUGUAUCGAGGUGUUGGGCCGACAACCCAGCGUGCUAUUAUAUUAACUGCAUCCCAAUUAGCUAGUUAUGAUCAUUCCAAACGUGUUCUUUUGGAAUCAGGAUAUUUUAGAGAAGGAAUCAUUACACAUUUAGUGUGCUCCAUGUUUGCAGGGUUUGUCUGUGCAACAACCACAUCUCCCGUAGAUCUGGUAAAGUCUAGAUACAUGAAUCAAAAGUUUGGGAGCGAUGGAGUUGGAGUUAAAUACAAAACUAGUCUUGAUUGUCUUCAAAAAACACUGAAAGCAGAAGGAGUUGCAGGGCUUUUCAAAGGCUGGCUUCCUCAAUGGAUGCGCAUGGGUCCACAUACAAUUGUUACGUUUUUGAUCUUGGAGCAGCUUAGAAAAGCUGCUGGAAUAAAACCAGUCUAA